AUGUUGUUUCCUAUCUUCACCACCUGCGGGGAGGCCCUUCAGAAAGUCCAGCACCUAGUUGCAGAGGGAGGGGCUGAGAUCCAGAGCCUCGAACUUGAUGAUGGGCUUGGAGGAUACUAUGGAAUGGACCAACCUCUGUUUCUCCUCCUUGUUUUCUCAGGGCUGUCCAUCCUCCCCUCAUGCCUCCUUCAUCAGUUCCACUUUGUGAACAUGACUAAGUCCUGGACUGAAGCUCAGACAGUCUGCAGACAGAACUACACUGACCUGGCCACCAUAGAUGAGGACAUGACAGAUAUGAAGAAGCUCAAUAACACAACUUGGAGUGAAGCUCAGAGCUAUUGUCGGGGGAAACACACAGACCUGGCCAGUGUGAGGAACACAACAGAGAUGGAGGCCAUAAAGACUAUCUUACUAAAAUCUGACAACAAUCAACCAGUGUGGAUUGGCCUGAAUAAAUCUCUUGGAGUCUGGUCUGACCAGAGUGGCUCCUCCUACAGGAACUGGGACUUUGGCGAGCCAAAUGGGGCAGGUAGGGGAAGUGAGGGAGGAGACUUCUGUGGAGAAGUAAAACAAUUUGGAAAGUGGAACGAUAAAGGAUGUACUCAGACAAUUCCCUUUAUUUGCUACGAUGAUGAACUGGUCCUGGUCUCAGAGAACAAGACGUGGUCAGAAGCCCUGUGGCACUGCAGAGAUCAUGACAUGGAGCUGGUGUCUGCCCACAACCAGAACAUCCAGCACUGGGUCCAACAGAGAGCCAAGAAGGCCUCCACUCCCUUCGUCUGGCUGGGCCUGAGGUACACCUGCACCCUGGACUUCUGGUUCUGGGUCAACGGAGAAGAGUCCUGCUACCACAACUGGGCCGGCGGGGAGGGCUACGACACCAUUAAGGAGCAGUGUGGGAACACGGGGGCCAUACAGAGAGACGGGGGACAGUGGGUCGGCAAGUCUGAGACUGAGAGAUUCAACUUCAUCUGCAGCAACAGUACUGGUGAGAUUUGA